AAAUAGACACCAGAUCAACUCUGUUAAACUGUUAGAAUGAGUUUGGAAGUUAAAUGGUUUAUUUGAAAUUGUUUCCGUAGGUUGCAACACUGGCCCCAAAUGUAUACGCAAUGCAAGAGCUGCAUUUUGCAGUGCCAAUGGCUGGUGCUGUUCUUUGUAAUUUAAAUACACGUCAUGAUUCAGCUAUGAUAUCAGUACUUCUCAGACAUUCAGAAGCAAAAGUCAUAUUUGUGGAUCAACAAUUUCUCCAACUUGCUCAAGGAGCACUAAAUAUUAUCACUAAUGAAAAAGAAACACUGCCUCUUCUCGUUCUAAUCCCUCAAUCUGACAAUUCUUCUCCUAGUAGUGUUAACUCUAGUACUCAUGAAUAUGAAAGCCUCCUUGAAAGUGGGAAAAGCGAAUUUGCUAUAAGGUGGCCGAUAAGUGAACUUGACCCUAUUAGUAUUAACUAUACUUCUGGAACAACAUCGCAACCCAAAGGAGUUAUUUUCAAUCACAGAGGCGCAUAUCUCAAUUCCAUUGCUACAUUUAUGAUUCAUGAGAUGAGUUCAUGGCCUGUUUACCUUUGGACUGUCCCAAUGUUUCACUCCAACGGGUGGUCCCUGGCUUGGGGUCUAGCAGCAAUUGGUGGCACAAGUAUUUGCCUUAGAAAAGUUUCUCCAAAACUCAUAUUUGAAAGAAUAGCAGAGGAUAAGGUCACACAUAUGGGCGGGGCACCAACUGUUCUAAACAUGAUAGUGAAUUCUACGGUAAGUGACAGAAAACCACUUCCAUGCAAGGUUAACAUAAUGACAGGUGGUUCGUCACCACCUCCAGAAAUCCUUUCCAAAAUGGAGGAACUCGGGUUUCAAGUACAUCACUUAUAUGGAAUAACAGAGAUACAUGGUCCAGGUAUAUAUUGCUUGUGGAAGACUGAGUGGGAUUCUUUGCCUCCAAAAGAAAAGUACGAAUUGAAAGCAAGACAAGGAGUGCAAAAUCUUUGUGUAGAGGCAGCGGAUAUAAUAGAUCCUAUAACAAUGGAAAAGGUACCAGCAGAUGGCAAGACAAUGGGUGAAAUUGUGUUUAGAGGAAAUACCGUAAUGAGCGGAUAUUUAAAAGAUGUAGAAGCAACAAAACUAGCUUUUAAAGGUGGAUGGUUUCAUACCGGUGAUUUGGCUGUUAAACAUCCUGAUGGAUACAUAGAAGUUAAGGACAGAUUGAAAGACAUUAUCAUUUCUGGUGGAGAAAACAUAAGCACGGUCGAGGUGGAAAGCAUUUUGUAUAGUCAUCCAGCAGUUCUUGAAGCAGCAGUAGUCGCGCGACCAGAUAAUCACUGGGGGCAGACACCUUGUGCAUUUGUGAAGUUGAAGGAUGGUUUCAAUGUUGAUAAUCAAGAAAUUAUCAACUUUUGCAGGGAUAAUUUGCCUCAUUACAUGGCGCCUCGAACUGUCAUCUUUAAAGAUCUCCCAAGAAAUUCAACUGGCAAGAUACAGAAAGUCAUGUUAAGGGAGAAAGCCAAAGCCUUGGGCAGUCUUUUCUGAAAAAAGAAGAAGGAAACUAUCACUAGGUUUCUCUUCUAUAAUAAUUGUUGUUUAUCAUUCUUCUGUGCCAUUCUGUUAAAUAUUGUCCAAAGCUGGCAAAUUGCUUUGAAGUGGUAUAAUAACUUUCUUUUACUAUGUUUGUAGAUUGACGUUAUAUCAAAAGUGUUAUGCAACUAAUAAUAGCUAUAUUG